CUAGAUACGAUAUUUGCUAUUGCAAGCAGCGAAGUCAAGCUGUCAAAUUGUGGGUGAAAAAAAAGUGCGAGAUUUUGGAUUAGAUUAUUUUUCCCUUUAGAAAUUGCUAGUUUUACACCAAAUUAAACCCCCUGAGUGAGCUGAAACGGUACUCGAAUGCAAUCUAGGGGCAAUUUUGUGGACAUUUAAGGCAUUUUUGGUGGUGUUUUGAGAAAGGGUGUCGUUGAAAAGUGAGUGUGUUUGGAGGAAAGAUUAGAAAAUGAACUCAGCCCCGUCGACGGAGCAGGUUUAUCAGGGCGUUUAUGCCUUCUACAACAAUUCCAACAUUCUGGAGCAGCAAAAGGCAUCCCAAUGGCUCAGCGAACUCCAGAAAUCGGUCUACUCGUGGAAGAUUGCCGAUGAACUGCUACAGCAGAAACGAGAUCUCCACUCGUGCUACUUUGCCGCCCAGACAAUACGCAGCAAAAUCCAAACUUCCUUCCAUGAACUCCCGGCGUCAGCGCAUGAGAGUCUCCGGGACUCACUUAUGAGCUACAUUAGUCAGAUAACUGUGGAAACGGAUCCGGUGAUUGUGACACAACUCUGCCUUGCUGUUUCGGAUCUAUGUUUGCUCAUGUCGACGUGGCGGAAUCCCGUUGUGACCCUCAUGGAGCGCUUCUCGACAACACCGGAAAAUGUCUGGCCGCUUCUUGUGAUCCUCACACUCAUUCCGGAGGAGAUUAAUUCGCGGUACUUGCGCCUCGGGUCAAAUAGACGCGAUGAAAUUCAUCGGGAUUUGAAGAAGAACUCCCAGACGGUGCUCAAGUUCCUGCUGGCAUGCCUCCAGACCGGUGGUCACGAUCUCUCGACGCAGAUGCGUGUCAUCAAGUGCUUUACAUCGUGGCUCAGUGUCCAUGCAAUUGAGCUUUGUGAUAUUACGGACAAUGUCAUCGUUGGCCUGUGCUUCAGGCUCCUCCAUAGUCAGGAAACAUGCGUGCAAAUGCACGAAGUAGCUGCGGAUUUUGUGUGUACGCUCCUGCAGUGCUUUGAGGUGUGCAAGAGUGUGCCCGUGCUGGAGGGGCAGGUCUUCAAUGGGGUGAUGGCCCUCGAGGAGCCCUACAAUAUGUCCGUAGCCCAGGAGGCUAUUGAUAAGACAGUUAACUUUUGUCGUAUCUUCACUGUUCUUGCUGAAUCCUUCCUGGAACGAAUGCUGGAGGAGAGUAGCCUCACUGGGCAGCCGCACUACUCCAUCAAAGCACUUGAUCUCGUACUCAAUUGUGUCGGGCACUAUGACUACGAAGUCGCCGAGAUUACGUUCAAUCUCUGGUUUCGUCUCAGUGAAGAUCUCUACAAUCGCAGCAAUGAUCAUCUGUCCAGUCAUUUCAAGCCUCAUUUUGAGCGCCUCAUCGGUGCCCUUUUGCGUCAUUCACAAAUGGAACCGGAUCACGAAGGAUUAAUUGAGGAGGGGGAUCUCUUCCUUGAUUUCCGGCGUAAAGUAGCUGAACUCACCAAGGAUGUGGUCUUCAUUGUUGGCUCAAGUAAUUGCUUCAAACAGAUGUUCUUCUCCCUCCAGGACCCAGCAGUGACGUGGGAAAGUAGCGAAGCAGCUCUCUUUCUCAUGUCAACCAUUGCAAAGAAUAUCCUUCCGGAGGAGAAUGAAGUUGUCCCCAAGGUCGUGGAGGCCAUACUCAAUCUCCCGGCAAACACUCACAUUGCCGUUCGGUAUACAUCGGUCCUCCUUCUCGGGGAGCUAUGCGAAUGGAUUGAAUGUCAUCCGGAAUCCCUUCAGGCUGUCCUGAAUUUCCUUUUGCAUUCGUUGCAACAGAAAUCGGGACUUCCAUCGGCGGCGGCAGCAGCACUUCAGUCCAUUUGUUCAGCAUGCCGGGGGCAUAUGACGUGCCAUGUUAGUGGUUUGCUCCAGAUUGCCAAUAGUCUGGAUAGUUUUGAGAUAAGCAAUGAGUCUGUAAUUGGACUCCUCAAGGGGAUCUGCAUCAUUCUGUCGCGACUGCCGAGUGAGGAGAUGACAAAGGCAACAAAGGAGAUUUGCGGCAUCCAAUUGACGCCGCUGUGUCAGCUGCUGGAGUGCGAUGUGAAGCCCGAACGGGGAAAACGUUCAGACCCGGUGUUCUGGAUUGAUCGUCUUGCGGCAAUUUUGCGGCAUAGCAACCCAAAUGUGCGGGAAGAUGAGAUUCAUCCCAUGCUGAGUGUUCUAGAGGAGAUUUGGCCCGUAAUGAGUAGUGUCUUUGUCAAGUAUCAAGCAGAUUUGAGGAUUAUGGAGAGGACGUGUCGUUUUAUUCGCUACGCAAUUCGAUGCGUAGGUAAACAAGCGACCCCCAUCCUUGAGCCGCUCGUUAAGCAAAUGGUGCAUUUGUACGCGUUGUACCAGCACACGUGCUUCCUCUAUUUGGGCAGUAUUCUCGUGGAUGAAUUCGCCAAGAAUACUUCCUGCACGAAAGGACUUCUGGACAUGCUGCAGGCAUUUAUCGAGCCAACAUUUCAACUCCUUCAAGUGGAGAAUGGGCUAAGAGAUCAUCCGGACACAGUGGAUGACUUUUUCCGCCUGUGCUCACGAUACCUCCAACGAUCCCCACUGGAAUUCCUCCAGAGCCCCAUGAUAACGUCCAUCAUUCAGUGUGCCCUACUGGCGUGCUCUCUUGACCAUCAUGAUGCCAAUAUUUCCGUGAUGAAGUUCUUCUGCAACCUCCUACACUGUGGCCGCGAUGGGGAGAGUGAAGCAAUGCGCCUCCUCACGUAUGACAUUGUAGCUGCCAAUGGGGAGGCGCUCAUGAUGAAUCUCAUCCAUGCCUCCGUGUUCUGCCUCCAGUCGCACAGGCUGUCCGACGUGGCGGAUGUGAUGGUUGAACUGAAGGCACUCGACGGGGAGAAGUUCAGCAUUUUCCUCCAGAGUGCCCUCAAUGCACUGCCGAAGAAGAAUAGUGGGGGUUGUAUAACAAUGACGGAGACGCAGCUAAAGGAGUCUCACCAAAUAAUUACUGGAUCCGAAACACAAAAAGCAGUCUCGCAUGCUUUGAAAGAUUUUGUAAAACUCUACCGAUAAGAGGAGGAUGACUCAAUGAAAAUUAAGUUUUAAAUGAAGAAAAAAAAAACGAGAAAUUAGCUAUUUGAAAUUGAUUAAUGGUAAGAAAAACAAAUUAUCAAUUAAUGAGACGUUGCUCCUUCUCCUCAUGAAAAAAAAAAUCAAGAUGAGAAACAUGAAGGAAAAAAUUAGGAAAAAUUUUAAAUGUAUGAUUAAGAGAAAAAUCCCUUCUUAAGUAUUUGAAAGAGAAAUAAUAUUGUGAAAGAAAAAAAUCUUUAGAAAUGAAAAACAAUUUGUUUUUCUUUUUUUUUAUGCAAAAAAAGAACACAAUUUUCUUUUAUUUGACAAAAUGAAUUGAUUUUUUUAUAAUAAUAAUUUAAUUCUUUUUUUUCUACUUUGUUUAAGUAGAAUGUAAUUGUAUGUAUAUAAACAUUUAUGAUAAUUUACAAAGAGCGCGAAAAUCAUUUUAUUAAAUUAGAGCAAUAUAAUGUGUUUGGGGCGGGAAUUUUAAUUGAGUUUUUGCGUGAACGUGGGAAGGAAGCAUCAGGCAGCAGUCAGCAGUCUGCUAGAGGAAUACGCGAGGGUCUUAUUUGCACGUAAUGAAGCGUCGGAAGGAGAGCAUUGAGCCACCGACAACGCGAAAGGCCAUAAUUGCCGUGACAAGGAGGAUGGUGUAGUUGGGCAGGAGGGUGGCCCAGUAGAGUUCGCGCCGAUUGAGGAGGGUCAGGCACGACACGAAGAGAUGACUCAGUACAACGUACGCAAUGUGGGUGUACCUGCUGGUAUCGAGAGCAUUGAAGAAGAUGACGCUCCAGAAGGUGUGCAGGAGGAUGGUGCACAGUGUCUGGGCGGAACUUGUCAGGAAGAAGAUUUCCGAACCACUCAGCAGACCCAUCGUCGCUGGACCAACCUGAAAGCAACACAAAACAAGUUUUUUUUUUAAUUUCUUUACUUUCAAAGCACAUUUUUGUUAAUUUUUUUUCACUCGCCAAAUCUGUUUUUUUUUCAAUAUUAAAUUAUAAAGAAAAAAAAAUCAUUGUGUACAAAAUAAUAAUGAGUUUCUUAUCGAUAGAAGAAAUGAAGAUAAAAAAUACAUAGACCUAUGAUUUUCAAAAGAAA